GUCUUCACAUGUCAACGCGGAUUUGGAUCUCAGUGUUGUCAUUGUCUCUUACUGAAUGUACUGGCGCUGGUUGUGGUUAGGCAUAAAGAUGAUCUAUCAGCUGCUUUGCUGUUCCCUGAGCCUGAUCUUCUUCUGCUUCAAUGUGUUAUGGUUCUUCUGCAAUUUGGCCAUACCUUGGUGCACCCUGACAUUGCUCGUCGUGUGUGUGGCCUCAAAAUUUGUGAAACUGCAACGGAGUCCCAACGAGAAACGUUUGCUCAGCCUGUUGAGUACGCCGGAUGAUUGGCCCAGCUAUUGGCCGAUAGCGAAUCGUGGAGCUGGUUAUGAUGCACCCGAAAACUCUAAGGCAGCUAUCAAAAAGUGCCUGGCACGUGGUUAUCGAAAUUUGCUAUUAGAUGCCGGUUUAACAUCUUGCGGUGAAAUUGUCAUAGCUAAUCCUCAAAAACUAGAUGUUGCUCAUCGUACAUUAAAUGAUCUACAGCAGCAGAACAUCACAGAGCAGCAUCCCAUGGGAUGCCAGUUCGAGACCGAAUAUGUGGCCACCCUGAAACAGUUAUCUGAAUUUCUGGAAGCUGAAGCUCCUUCUGCCACAUUAUUUCUUCGCCUGCACGACAACAGUCCUCGUAUGAUCGAUCAGAUGCAAAAGUUCAUGUCAUCCAAUGAGGCACUGACACAACGCACAAUUGUCAUAAGCCGUUCGCCCCUGGCCAUUUAUCAGCUACGUAAACUGCAGCCAGACAUCAUCUGUGGACUGUGGCAUGAGACCUACUUGUCCCUAAGCAUACUUAAAUCCUCUACACUGAUUACCUCGAUCUAUGGUGCAAUCUUUCGCAACAUUAUUGCACCCGUAAUAGGCAUUAGUGUUGUGUUUCUUAGCAAGGAUGAGUUUAAUUUGCACAUUGCUGAUUUGUGGCGUAAUGUUGGCGUACGUCCAAUUGUUUAUAUGGUCAAUUCGCCCAACGAAAAGCGUUAUUUUCAGAAAACCAUGAAAACACAAUAUCUUACGGACUCAUUACGCUCCGAACCGCAUCUACUGAUGAAGGCCUAAUGGGCGACAAAUGGCCAAAGAAUUGAAUCUAUGAACAAAAGUCAGAUGCGCACACAGAAAAAAAGAAACAGAUUGCAUGCAUUUAACCAAUAUGCUUUAGUCUUAAGGGAUACACUUUUAAUAUGUGUAUGUUCUCUAUAACUUUGCAAAUCGGGCUAUAAGGAAAUUCUAUUUGAAAUACCUCCCAUAUAUGUACCUACUACACAUACUCAUAUUUAGCUCUUGCUUCAUUUCCACCAACCUUGUUUAUAUAGAACCCUUAGUAUUUGCAAAGUUAUACCAUCAAUAUCGGCACGUUCGAAAUUGUCCCGAUCCUCUGUUUUACCUUACUUUUUUUUUAACUUUUGUAGAAGCUUUACAAAGUAUUAAUCCACCAUGUGUACCAGUGCGAUCCGAAACCAGAUCGAAGUUUUACGUAUAAGUUUUGUGCUUUAUUUAUUUUGACGUCCUAUCUAUAUUGCGUAUUAUGAUUUUUAUGAUAUUUAUUUGUUAUCUUUAUAUAGCUUUAUUUUACCCAAGAAAAGUUCUCAAAGUUUGUAUACAUCCGCACAUAUAUAAAUAUAUAUAUACACACUCUAUACGAUAUUAUUAUAAUAAUAGGGUUUUUUUUGAAGCGAUUAUAUACACAAAUAAGCUUUUAUACCUUACCUAUUAUUAUGCCAAGAUGCGGUUUUGUAAUUAUUUUCAAAUAAACUGAAGGAGCCAAGGAUCCAGUCUUUAAAAAGCAUACGAAUUAUCUAAACGAACAUUAGCUAUGUAUAUGAACAAAAAUUACCAAAAAAAAACUAUAUAAUGUAUGAUGAAAGAAAUUGAGUAAAUAAAAGAUAUUGACAGAAAAUCAA